CGCAGCCGGCGGUUGACGUCCCAUCCAGCAUUCCAUUUCACGUGGAAGCUGCCAGCCGGAGACAGGACGACGACGUCGCCCUUCGCCGCCGAUCCUGCCACCUCCACCCGCCCGCUGCUUUGGCCACAGACCACCGCCCAUCGCUUGCCGCCACGCCGCUGCCAACGACACUACGCAUGAGCAGUAGCAAGAAGAUCAAGCCCGCGCUCGAGGUCCUCCUCGAACGCGAGCGCGAGCGCAUGAAGCAGCGCCAGGAGAUGGAAGACAUGAUGCAGCACUCGGACCUCCUACGAAGCAUUAGCAGCCUGCGCCCGGCCAAGGACGCCUCGAUCGAAGCGCCGGCGGCCAAGCGCCCGCGGCUAGAGCCCGUCUGCUGCGCAAUCGAGUCGUCGUCCGCCGACGACAGCAGCAGCCGGACGCCCAGCGUCCGCGACGAUGUGAUGACGCCGCCAUCAACGACACUGCCGAAGAAGUCGUGCAACUGCAAAAAGUCCAACUGCCUCAAGCUCUACUGCGAGUGCUUCCAGCAAGGCUCGCUCUGCGGCGACGACUGCAAUUGCCAGGGCUGCCACAACAACAUCAACUUUGAGAGCCAGCGGCAACGUGCGAUCCGCGUUGUCCUCGAACGCAACCCCGUCGCGUUCCUGCCCAAAGUCUCGAAAGGUAGCAACACGUCGGUGGCGACGACCAAGUAUUUUCGCGGCUGCCGCUGCAGGCGAAGCGGGUGCCAGAAGAAGUAUUGCGAAUGCUACCAAGCUGGUGUCAAAUGCGGCACGCUCUGUCGAUGUCAGAUGUGCAAGAACCACUGCUCAGACGCCUCGCAUGCGACACCGACCAACGAGAACACCCACGACCAGCCCAAGCACCGGGCGGCGCUGCCCGCCCCCGAGCGUUUUUCCGCGUUUACCCCACCACCCCUCGAGACGUUGAUGCCACUUCGGCCGGUGCACCAAGUGCCGUUGGCGAUCGCGCCGCCGGCCAAGCGACGACUCCCGCCACAGUCCAACACACACAUGCAUGCGAUGCUGGGCCCACCGCCGAUGCCACUGCCGUUGCCGCCACCGGCGUCGACGACCGCGCCGCCGGUUCGAACCAACGUCUAUUCGCGGCUGUACCCGCUGCAGGUGAGCAUGGCUUCGGACGUUGCGCUCUACAAGAUUUGCAACUCGCUCGUGCAGGCGGCGUGCGACGAGCCAAUGGCGCCGCCGCCGCCGCCGCGGUCGCCCGUGGCAACGACGCCGAGCUCGCAGUCGUCGUCGUCCCCGGCCGACGCGCUCUGGUGCGCCGAGGACUUGGCGGAAACCCCGGUCAAGCAUGUGGUCGUGGACACGCGCGCCGAGAUGCAGGAGCGCGCAGUGCUCCAAGAGUUUAGCGCGUGGCUGCGCAACAUUGCGACCGCGAGCGUCAACCAUAUCCUCAAAAAGCCCUAGUCGUCUGCGUUGCACCGUAUUUAUAAUACCACGCUCGUUGUUCGUACGUGAGUUGGCUCGCGGAUCCAAGCCCUAA